UGUAACCAAAGCAUAGCAUACCUCACACUGCAACAGAGGCUUCUCCUCUCAGCACGCAAUUGAUGAACAUCGGAGGCAGUGACCAAUGGGGACACAAGUCAAGCAAAAGGUGGCGCUCAAUCAAACUCGAAAAGCAUUCGGAGUCUACAACUCGAGAAUAGUAGAAAACGUGGCAACACCUCAUUCACCAUCUGGCAACUCUUCGUCAGCUCCAAUGCGCGGUAUUAAAUCAUCUGAGAUUCUGUUCUGUGGUUUUUGAGAGACACCAUGACGAAGCAAACUCAAAGAGAGAGGUUCACAAAAACCGCAGGGAUCGGUUAGGGUCAGGGAGAGAGGGAGUCUAACGAUGUCGUCUCGUCCUUUUGACGAUGAUGGCUACAUAGGCUACGACCCUCGCCUCGCUUCCCAGCGUUUCGAGUCGUACUCAAACUUCGAUGCCGACUCAGUUGCUGAUUCCCCUCCGAUGUUCAAUAAUCAGUCAUUCGAUACGUGAGAUGAUGUGUUCGUAUAUCAAACAAUGCCUGAAACACCUUCUCCACCGCCGAUCUACGGUAUCGGCAGUGGAUAUUCUGCUUUCUCAUCGGAGCAGAACGGGAAGAGAUUCAACAGAGAGUUUGGAGGAUUAGAUAGGCUGAUCUUCCCGCCGCCGGCGGAGAUGGAGCCAGAGGAAGGCUCUGCUUUGAGAGAGUGGCGCAGACAGAACGCGAUUCGGCUAGAGGAGAAGGAGAAGAAAGAGAAGGAAAUGUUGGAGCAAAUAAUAAAGGAAGCAGAGGAGUACAAAGUUGAAUUCUACAUGAAGAGAAUUACAGCUGUUGAGAAUAACAAAGCCUCUAACAGGAAGAAAGAGAAGUUGGUUUUGGGAGCCCGGGAGAAGUUCCAUGCCGAAGCUGAGAAAAAUUACUGGGAGGCAAUUGCAGAACUCAUCCCCCAUGAGGUGCCAGCUAUAGAGAAGAUGGGAAAGAAGGACAAAGAAAAGAAACCAUCCAUUGUUGUGAUCCAGGGACCUAAACCUGGGAAGCCAACUGAUCUCUCAAGGAUGCGACAGAUACUUGUGAAGCUAAAGCACAAUCCCAAACGGCCACAAUCAGCAGUGGCCAAGAAAGCUGCUAAAACUGCUACACCUGCUGCCUCUGGUCCCUCUGGUAUCCCAGGUGCCGGUCCCAAUGCUCCUUCCCCUAAGAGGGCCGCUGCAAGUACUCCAGAGACUAUUGCUGCUGCUUGAGAUGAAGCUGCUGAUUGCUGGA